AUGCCCGGAAAGCUAUCUGCAUCCUACAGACAAGCUCUCUCCGAUAUUCCGGGAUUCCCCGUUCUAGUUCCGUCUGCAAUCGACUACCGAGCCAGCGAAGAGCCAAAUCGGGUGAUUCUGACAUAUCCUCAACCAGGCACCAAGCAAUUCGUCGACGUAACAUGGGGCCAGUUCACCCACGCAGUAGACAAGGCUGCAUGGAAAUACGACGCUCAAAUAGGUGCACGACGUGUUUCUUCGGACCCCGUCAAAGUCGUCGGGGUGUUGGCACGCAGUGAUGUUGCCUACAUGGUGACAAUAUAUGCUCUGCAUAAAUGCGGCAUCACCCCUCUGAUGAUCUCAACGCGCAACUCUCAUGCUGCAAUUGUCAACCUACUCAAGUUGACAGGCAGCGUGGCGUUGCUAGCUGAUCCAUACCACAAGUUUGCAGCCGAGGCAGCAGUGGCAGAAGUUGGCGAUAUACCUAUCUUCGUUCCUGCAUCCCUUCCUGGCCAAGUCCUCGAGGACAGAAGACCCUUCCCCUUUAAGUUAAAGUACGCUGACGAAUGCGACAACCCUGGAGUUAUCUUGCAUACCAGCGGUUCCACGGGUCUCCCAAAACCCGUAGCUUGGUCGACUCGCUUCUUUUGGCACCAAACCUUCUACCCGGACGAAUAUGUCAAAAAAUACUUCGGUUCCUCUUUCCUAUCCACCCUGCCUAUGUUCCAUGGCUCAGGCUUCUCAUUGAUUCGCGCGUCUCUACUAUGGUUGGGAUGGAAAGUGAUAUUUCCAGAUCCGUCCAAGCCGGUCACGGCAUCUGCAAUCGCAGACAUCUGUAACCAAAUAUCACCCGACAUUGUUGCUGGCGCCCCGUCCGUCAUCGAGGAGAUUACUGACCUUCCCGGCGGGAUGGAUGUGAUGAAGGGCAGGAGGACGUGGUUCUUCGUCGGUGCCCCGGUCCCUCCCCACGUUGGAGAUCUCCUCGUAAAAGAGGGCGUGCACAUCACGCCUAACCUUGGUUCAACUGAAAUCGGGCAAAUGAGUGUAUUGGAGCCAGAGGGGCGGACACCGGAAGACUGGAAUUACCACGAGAUCAGGCCUGACCUCGAUACCAAAUUGCAAUCGCACGGCUCGACACCGGACGAGGGACCCUUCGAGUUAAUUAUCUUUGCAAAAGAUGGGUGGAAGCCCGGAGUCAUCAAUGUGACCAUUGAUGACAUCGAAGGAUAUGCCACUUCGGACCUAUACCAACGACACCCUACACAUCCAAGACUACUAAAACAUUGUGGUCGUGUCGACGAUGUCAUUGUAUUGUCUAAUGGAGAGAAGACCCUGUCACGCGCCAUCGAAGUACCAAUCGAAGCCCACCGUCUUGUACAGAAUGCCAUCGUGUUUGGAUCCGGGCGAGCCCAGAAUGGUGUCUUCAUAGUACCUACUCCGGAGGCUGCGUUCGACCCGCGGGAUAUGGAAAGGCUUGCCGAGUUUCGUGAGGAUAUCUGGCCUUCCGUAGAAAAUGCGAAUUCCGUUAGUCCAACCCACUCUCGCAUAUGGAAAGAAAUGCUCCUGGUCGCCUCGCCCGACGUAGAGUUGCCACGCACGGAUAAAGGGAGUCUAAAGCGCAAACUCGUCCUCGAGUUAUAUGAAGACCAGAUCGACGAACUCUAUGCUACCAUGGAGAAUACAGCUUCUGUGAAAAGCCCCUCUUUACCAGAAGCUCUCACCACUGACACAUUUACUGUCUAUUUCACCCAACUGGUGAACGAAACUAUGAACAAGGUCGUUCAGCCAACCGAAGACGUCUUCGAACUUGGAAUGGACUCAUUGAAGGCAAUAUUCGUACGGAAUUCUUUGCUCUCCUCACUCAAGACAGAUGAUAGGACAAAGGAUGUCGUCGGCAAUGUGCCUCAGAACUUCGUGUUCGCCAAUACAACGAUUGAGCAGAUGGCUAAUGCUCUCGCUUUACUACUGGAAACGGGUUACUUGGGAGAAACGGGGCAAGAGUCGACCGAAGAGCAUACACGGAUGAUCAACGAAAUGGUCGCAAAAUACACGAAGGGAUUUCCGAAGCACGAGGGCCUAGAUGAACAAAAUGUCGAUAGUGAAGUGGUAGUCCUGACCGGCUCCACCGGAUCCCUGGGAACAUACCUGCUCAAUUCGUUGCUAGCUCAGCCAUCCGUCGUCAAAGUGUACGCGCUGAACAGAAAAGGAUCUUCUUCGUCUGAACAGCGUCAAGAGAAGGCCUUCGCAGAACGGCAACUAAAUGCCGAGGGGCUUUGGAAAGAAGUCAGAACAGGCCGGCUUGAAUUCCACGAUGUCGAGCUCAAUCAGCCGGAAUUUGGCUUACCAGACGCUGUCUAUAAAUGCAUCCUCGCUUCCACGACUCUAGUGAUUCACAACGCUUGGUCUCUCAACUUCAACUGGUCACUCGGCACGUUUGAGCCUCAUAUAAAGGGUGUUCGCAACCUAGUCGACUUCGCACUCUCCUCCCCAAGGAAACACACUCCGCGGGUUGCUUUCACGUCCUCAAUAUCGACCGUAGGCACAUAUACGACCAGUGCGGUACCCGAAGCACCAUUGGCUGACCCUAUAGUUUGCAUGCCUCACGGAUAUGCCCGUGCUAAAUUUGUCAGUGAACGGAUACUAGCCGUGGCUGCGGAAGAGCGUGGUCUAUCUACGGUGUCCUUUCGGAUCGGACAAAUCGCGGGUGAUAGCGUUCAUGGCAUCUGGAACUCGUCUGAUAGCGUCCCAGCUCUGUUGAAAGGAUGCCAGGAGCUAGGUGUCAUACCAACUGAUUGGGUGCCCUCUUUAUCGUGGACGCCCGUUGACACUGUUGCACAAACGAUCAUUGACGUUUGCAUGAACCACGAAGAAGGUCAUGGCACAUUCCACGUCUCCCACCCUUCUCCAACUCCAUGGCUUGACGUGGUGCCUCACAUUGCAAGCCGUCUCGCGACCAAAACUCAUCCUGAGAUCAAGGCCAUAACUAUGCGAGAGUGGGUCCUCCGGCUGAAAGAAUCUGGACAUUCACCUGAGACGAAUCCGGCUAUGAAGCUUAUUGCAUUCUUCGAGAAUGCAAUGAAUGGCGGGGGCGUUCGCUGCCGACUGGAUUUAUCCAAAACGAAGAACCUGUCAUCGGCCCUGAAGGAAGCCCAUGCGCUCGACCGGUCUACUAUAGAUUUGUUCUUGAACCAUUGGAAAAGCACAAGCUUUCUGCUGUAG